UAUUACUAUGCUAUACUACUAUUAAAAGCGAAUGGAUUGUUACCUUAAGAAUUGGAAACGUCAAAAUCCACACUUUCACAGCAUCCGAGAUAGUUUCAGAUUCUCCAUACGUACUUGACCUGUUAAUUCCGAACCAACCUGCUUUAAUAUCAGUGUUGAGUUGGCUCCACUUUACACUUCCACUUCAAGCUUCAGAAAGAACAAGCUGCAAAAUCAGACACAGCUUUUGUGUAUUUACUCAACUUUCAUAAAUAUUAAAGGUCAACAAGUCUUGCAGUUGAAGAUGGACUUUACGUGCUGCUGAACUGAACAGUAUUUGUCAAUCUUGUUCAUUCUUGGAGGGGGCUUUGGCUUUGCAUUCCAAAACACAAAUGGAAAACAUGCAUUGGCCACAGCAUAUACAUUUAGUGGUACUAUUUUUCUUGGGAAUGGUUCUAAUACCUUCCUCGUGUCAAAGUGAUGCAACUACAACUGUGUACAUUGUUACUCUGAGACAAGCUCCUGCUUCUCACUAUCAUCAACAUGAGUUGAUCACAGUGGGCAACAACUCUAGACAUGGUUCAUCUGGGAGAAGAAGAACUAGAGUUCACAAACCAAGACAUCAGAAUGUUACAAAGCCAGAUAGGAAACGUGGUUCAUACUUUUCCCGAGUUCACGACUCGUUGUUGAAUAAAGUGUUUAAUGGGGAGAAAUAUCUGAAGCUCUAUAGCUACCAUUAUUUGAUUAAUGGAUUUGCUGUGCUGGUUACCCAACAACAGGCAGAAAAACUGUCAAGGAGAAGAGAAGUGUCCAAUGUGGUUUUGGAUUUUUCUGUGAGGACUGCAACCACACACACUCCACAAUUUUUGGGUCUGCCACAGGGAGCUUGGUCGCAAGCAGGUGGGUUUGAAACUGCUGGAGAAGGAAUCACCAUUGGGUUUGUUGACACUGGCAUUGAUCCUACACAUCCUAGUUUUGCUGACGAUAAAUCUGAACAUCCAUUCCCCGUUCCUGCUCAUUUCUCUGGCAUCUGCGAGGUUACUCCGGAUUUUCCGUCCCGUUCUUGCAAUAGGAAGCUUGUUGGGGCUAGACAUUUUGCUGCUUCUGCUAUAACCAGAGGAAUAUUUAACUCAUCUCAGGACUAUGCUUCUCCCUUUGAUGGCGAUGGCCACGGCACGCAUACAGCUUCUGUUGCAGCUGGAAACCAUGGAAUUCCAGUGGUCGUUGCUGGGCAAUUUUUUGGAAAUGCUAGUGGGAUGGCUCCUCAUUCACACAUUGCCAUUUACAAGGCACUAUACAAGAGAUUUGGAGGAUUUGCAGCGGAUGUUGUUGCAGCUAUUGACCAGGCAGCUCAGGAUAGGGUUGACAUAAUAUGCUUGUCAAUCACUCCUAAUAGGCGUCCUUCUGGUAUUGCAACUUUCUUCAAUCCAAUAGAUAUGGCAUUGCUAUCAGCUGCGAAAGCUGGUAUUUUUGUAGUGCAAGCUGCUGGCAAUACUGGACCAUCACCUAUGAGCAUGUCCUCCUUCAGUCCAUGGAUCUUUACUGUUGGUGCCACCUCUCAUGAUCGAGUUUAUAUCAACUCCCUAUGUCUUGGAAAUAAUGUGACUAUACCUGGUGUUGGACUUGCACCUGGCACAUACGAGAACACAUUGUUUAAAUUGAUUCAUGCAAGACAUGCUUUGAACAAAAACACAACAGUUACUGAUGAUAUGUAUAUUGGUGAGUGUCAAGAUUCAAGUAAGUUCAGUCAGGAUUUGGUCCAGGGCAACCUCCUGAUCUGUAGCUAUUCAGUCCAAUUUGUGCUUGGGCUCUCCACCAUUCAGCAGGCCUUAGAAACAGCCAUGAAUCUUAGUGCAGUUGGUGUUGUUUUCUCCAUGGAUCCUUUUGUGACUUCUUUUCAGCUUAACCCAGUUCCAAUGAAAAUGCCUGGCAUAAUAAUUCCAUCUGCAAAUGAUUCCAAGAUAUUACUGCAAUACUACAAUUCUUCACUGCAAAUAGAUGGGGAUUCAAAUAAAAUUGUUAAAUUUGGGGCUGUUGCUAGUAUUGGUGGUGGAUUAGAAGCGAACUGCAAUAAUGAGGCCCCAAUGGUUGUGUAUUACUCUGCCAGAGGACCAGAUCCAGAGGACAGUCUUCCUCAUGAAGCUGACAUUAUGAAACCCAAUUUGGUAGCUCCUGGAAAUUUUAUAUGGGCUGCUUGGAGUUCUGUUGCCACUGAUUCUGUUGAAUUUCUAGGUGAGAAUUUUGCAAUGAUGUCUGGCACAAGCAUGGCUGCACCUCAUGUUGCUGGUCUUGCUGCACUAGUUAAGCAAAAGUUUCCCAACUUUAGUCCUGCAGCCAUUGGAUCUGCACUUUCCACUACAGCUUCUCUGUAUGACAACAAUAGGAGGCCGAUAAUGGCUCAGCGAUCCUAUCCCUCCAUAGACCUUAACCUAUCUCCAGCAACUCCCUUUGACAUGGGAAGUGGUUUUGUGAAUGCAACUGCAGCAUUAAAUCCAGGAUUGCUUUUUGAUUCUGGUUAUGAUGAUUACAUGUCAUUCCUAUGUGGUAUCAACGGUUCAACUCCUACAGUGCUAAACUACACUGGUCAAAAUUGCUGGACUUAUAAUUCAACACUAUAUGGCCCUGAUCUGAACUUGCCCUCAAUCACAAUAGCAAGGUUGAACCAAUCUAGAGUAGUACAAAGAACAAUCCAAAACAUUGCUGGAAAUGAAACUUACAAUGUUGGUUGGAGUGCUCCAUAUGGAACUUCUAUGAAAGUGUUUCCUAAUCACUUCUCUCUUGCCAGUGGGGAGAGACUAGUCUUGUCUGUGAUCUUCAAUGCAACCAGCAACAGUUCUGCUGCCAGCUAUGGGAGAAUUGGGCUGUAUGGUAAUCAAGGUCAUGUUGUCAACAUUCCUGUGGCAGUCAUUUUUAAAAUCUUAUAACCAGCUAAUUAACAAGGUUAGUGUCUUUAAUUUCUUCUUCAGUAAUUCAUUUUGAUUUUGCUUUGUUUUCUUAAGCUAGUCUUUGUUUUAUUGGCAAUGUAUUAAGCUAUUUUUUCAUUCGUUAUAAUUAAUAGUGUAAAGCUACUUAUUAGGUCGUAUAGUCUGGUUGCAUACCGGACACAAAUGUAUAAUAAUAAAUUGUGCUACACUACUUAUUAGGUCGUGUAGUCUGGUUGCAUACCAGACACAAAUAUGUGAGAUGGGUUAUUUUUGUCCGGUAUGCACUUAAACGACACCCAAUCCAAGUUGUUAACAAGGACACUGCAAGUGAUUAGUGAUAAUUCUGAAUUCUUA